AUGUUAUACCGUCCGUCGCCCGUUAACAUCAGGCAGGGGGUGGGCGCCAUGAUGGCCGUCCUGGCCGCGCUACGGAUUCACCACAAGGCUCCUGAUAUUGAGUUUCAGGCGCUCAGGGCUUUUCAAAUGGUGGGGCAUCCAGGAGCAAGUUCCCUUCAACGCCUGCCUGGCCAUGUGAUGGUCAAGCGCGUGGCGCAGCACGACAGCAUCGCAUCCCCCUCCGCCUCCGAGAGCCUCCCGCCCCAGAGCCUCUCUUCCUCAGCUGGCCGGUCCUCCCGCCGUUCGCCAUUUUGCCUGGCGAAGAGGCUACGUCUUCACUCCCAGAGAGAAGCUGCCCAAUCCAUGUGCAUCUCUGUGCAGUCGAAGGAGGCCGUCAAGUGUCGCAAGGUGCAGCUUGCCUUUCGAUGUCGUCGUUGUCUGCGGCGGCAGCCGCACCGUAGCCAAUGCUAA